AUGCUGGACUUUGAAGAUGUAGAGGAGCGAGAUGGUGUUCGAUUAUCGUGGAACGUUUGGCCCUCUUCUCGCAUUGAAGCAACUCGAACGGUCGUCCCAAUCUCAGCUCUUUAUACGCCUUUGAAAGUAAGGGAAGACUUGCCUCCCGUGCUCUAUGAACCCGUGGCUUGCAAGCCGCCAUGUCGUGCAAUCCUAAAUCCGUAUUGUCAAAUAGAUAUCAGAGCAAAGCUCUGGAUUUGUCCCUUCUGCCUUACUCGUAAUGCCUUUCCUCCACAUUAUAAAGAUAUUUCCAACACGAAUCUCCCUGCUGAACUUUUACCAAAAUACACCACCAUCGAGUACACACUUUCUCGACCCGCUCAGGUUCCUCCAAUAUUCCUUUUCGUCGUCGAUACCUGUCUCGAUGAGGAUGAUCUGAAGGCUUUACGCGACGCUCUUGUUGUCAGUCUCAGUUUGAUACCUCCGUACGCACUGGUAGGAUUGCUCACUUAUGGGACCAUGACACAAGUCCACGAAAUCGGCUAUCCUGAAUGCAGCAAAUCUUAUGUUUUCCGUGGCGGAAAAGAGUACCAACCGAAACAAAUACAAGAUAUGCUCGGGCUUAGCUCCACGAACCGUGCUGCUCCUCGCCCCGGACAACCUAUGCCUCCUCAAGCUUUUGGUGCCUCUCGCUUCCUGCUCCCUGUCCAACAAUGCGAGUUCCAGCUCACAGGAAUCCUCGAGUCACUCACACGCGACCCAUGGCCUGUCGCCAACGACAAACGGGCGUUGCGAUGCACUGGUGGAGCUUUGAGUGUUGCUAUCGGUCUCUUGGAAACCACUUAUCCUAACACUGGUGCUCGUAUCAUGUUGUUUACUGGUGGGCCUGCCACAGAAGGCCCAGGAAUGGUUGUUAGCAACGAGCUGAAAGAGCCUAUUCGUUCACAUCACGAUAUUGAUAGGGACAGUGCUAAGCACUAUAAACGGGCUAUGAAGUUCUACGAAGGACUUGCUAAACGCGCUUCAAACAAUGGUCACGCCGUCGAUCUGUUCGCUGGGUGUCUCGAUCAAGUCGGUCUGCUCGAGAUGAAAUCGUUGCCCAAUUCGACAAACGGUGUUAUCGUGUUGUCUGAUUCUUUCGCAACGUCAAUCUUCAAACAGAGUUUCUUACGUAUAUUCAACAAGGACGAACAGGGUCAAUUGCAAAUGGGCUUCAAUGCCACUUUCGACGUACAGACGACAAAAGAACUCAAAGUUUCUGGCAUGAUUGGACACGCUAUUUCUGCAGGCAAAAAGUCGGGAUGCGUCGGCGAAACAGAGAUCGGCAUUGGACAAACAUCUGCUUGGAAGAUCAACACCUUGACACCACGAACAUCGGCGGGUGUGUACUUUGAAGUCGUUACUCCCGCCGGGCAGCCUCUCCAGCCUGGAUCGCGUGGUCUCAUACAGUUCGUUACUCACUACCAACAUGCUUCUGGUCAACAACGACUACGGGUUACCACCAUUGCACGGAAUUUUGCCGAGGCAGGAUCACCCAACAUUGCUGCAUCGUUCGACCAAGAGACGGCUGCUGUUCUCAUGGCCAGGGUAGCCGUGUUCAAAGCGGAAGUUGACGAAUCGCCUGAUGUUCUUCGAUGGGUUGACCGUAUGCUUAUACGUCUGUGCCAAAAGUUCGCCGACUACAGGAAAGAAGACCCGACCAGUUUCCGGCUUACGGACAACUUCAGCAUCUACCCACAAUUCAUGUUCCAUUUACGGAGGAGUCAGUUUUUACAAGUUUUCAACAACAGUCCUGAUGAGACUGCGUUCUACAGACAUGUCCUAAAUGAAGAGGAUGUCAACAACUCUCUUAUCAUGAUUCAGCCAACACUCAUGUCGUACACCUUUGACACGCCACCGCAACCUGUACUGCUGGACAGUGUUUCUAUCAAGCCCGAUGUCGUCCUGCUUCUCGAUACGUUCUUCCAUAUCCUGAUUUGGCACGGAGAGGUUGUUGCUCAGUGGAGAAAACAAGGCUACCAGGACCAGGAGGGAUAUGAAAAUUUCAAAGAGUUAUUGGAGGCUCCCGUCCAAGAUGCUCAGGAUCUCCUUGGCGAGCGAACUCCCAUUCCUCGGUACAUUGUCUGUGACCAAGGAGGUAGUCAAGCGCGGUUCCUACUAUCCAAAUUAAAUCCAUCAACGACCCACAUGUCUGCAACUAUGUAUGGGCAGUCGUCCGCUGCAGGGUCCGGACAGGCUAUCUUCACGGAUGAUGUUAGCUUGCAGGUGUUCAUGGAAUACUUGAAACGUCUGGCUGUCGGAGCGCAAACCAAUUAA